AUUGGAUGAACCACACAACGAGAGGCUGAGCAGAUAACCCGAGGUUAUCAACUCCAUGCGAACCCCCACGGGAGCAUCCAGUUAAUGGGCUGUGAGCUACAGUGACCGCCGUGGGAAUUUGAUAGCCGAAUGGUACUAGUGGGUUGUCAACUCACGUCAUCUGAUCGCACCUAGGGCAAGGAGAUCGGAUGAUAAGGUCAUGACGGCACAGAAGACGUCGUCCUUGUUCUUAGGUUGACCACGACCACAUCCUCGUCCUCAAAACAGACUGAUUCAGACGAUCCUCCCAAGCUUCAUGUCUGUAUCUCGCCACCGGGCUUUCGGCCCGGGCCGCACGGUAGCCGUGAUCGGUGCCGGAAUCAGCGGGGUCUGCUCCGCGGCCCAUCUGAUGAAACAAGGGCUGCAUGUGACCGUGUAUGAACGAUCAGGGGUCGCCGGAGGCGUCUGGCAUUACGACGAGCGGAUUGCAGAGGAUCCCCCGUACCCCAACGACAUGCCUUCGCAAGGGGACUACCACCUCUCGUCACGCGGCGAAUUCGCAUGCACUACGCCGCCCCCAGAGUACGAUACCGACGGGGAUAGCGGCAUUGACAUACGAGGAAGCACGGAUAUCGCCGAUGCAGAGGUCUGGUUUGCUCCGCCGGGCCCCUGUUACGCCGGCCUCAAGAACAACGUGCCGACAUACCUCAUGGCCAGCGUCUUGGGCCCGUGGCCCGAAGGAACCGAGCCCUUCGUCGGCCAGAAGCACCUCGAACAGUACAUCCAGACGCUAGCUAGGAAUCACGGAGUAGACGAUGUCACGCUAUUUCACACCAGAGUGGACGAGGUUCGAAAAACACCGGACGGGCUCAAGUGGGAGGUACGGGCUGUCACGCUGGAGAAGGGGGCCGGGCCGGCCGGAGCCCGGUUCACCGAGAACAUCUCACACUUUGACCUGCUGGUUGUGGCUUCGGGACACUACAACAUGCCCCGGAUCCCGGGCAUCGAGGGGCUGCGGGAGUGGAAGGCAAGCUACCCGAGCCGAGUCAUCCAUUCCAAGCAGUACAGAGACCCGGAGAGGUACCGGGGCCAGAACGUCGUUGUUAUGGGCGCCGGGGUGUCUGCGUUAGACAUUUGCAGGGAAAUUGAUGGUGUGGCCGAGAAGACGUACCAGAGUGUUCGUGGCGGCAAGUUUGACCUUCCUGCGUCUCUGCUGCCGGCAAACGUUGUCAGAGUCAGCCAGAUCAGAAGGUUUGCCCUUCACGACGACAAUCGCCGGAGCGGCGAACCUCUUGGGGAUAGCGAGCCAAUACCCGGAUACAUCGUGCUUGAAGAUGGGCAAGUCUUGGACAAUAUCCACCGCCUGGUGGUAGCCACCGGAUACAUCACCUCCUACCCCUUCCUCCCCCAGCUCCACUCGGACACCACACACAUCACCGAGGCUGGCGAGGACAUUGUGGUGACCUCAGACGGCGACAUGGCACACAACCUUCACCGUGACAUUUUCUACAUCGGCGACCCGACACUGGCCUUCGUGGGCGUGCCCUACCAUGUUGCGACCUUCUCCCUCUUCGACUUCCAAGCACAGGCCGUUGCGCGAGUCUUUGCCGGUAAGGCCCCCUUGCCGACCCGGGAGGAGAUGCGGAGGGAGUAUGAAAAGCGAGUGCAGGAGAAGGGAUAUGGCCGCGGUUUCCAUUCUCUGCACCCGCCGGGCCACGAGAUUGCCUAUGUGCAAGAGUUGGUGGAUUGGGUGAAUAAACACGGUGCAGAGCUCGGCGAGCCGCCGAUGCUGCCGCACUCCGAAGAGUGGAAAAGGGGCUAUGAGGAGAUGAAGGCCAGGACGAGAGCAUUGUUCAUGAAUGCCCAGUGACCAGGUGAGCUCGAGGGCCACCUAAGUUGAGGUCAGGCAUCUGAUGCUUAUCGAGCCGGUAAAACGCAACCAACAAUCGUGUUGACGGCGAGCAGCACCACUAGCCCAGUGUGAGCAGCUGUAGUCGU